CGUACUUCCGUCUGACGGUGAAGCUGGAGGUCGUCUCGUCCGAGCGAAAGGACGUCGCGAUGAACGCAACCGAGGAGAAGCUGGCGGAGCUCGUGCGCGAACACCCGAACCUGUACGACCAGUCGCGCGGGGACUACCGGAACAGCGUGAAGGGGCACCUGGCGUGGAAAGAGAUAGGCGCCGCGAUGGGGAAGUCCGAGGAAGAAGUGAAGCUGCUGUGGAAAAACCUGCGCGACAAGUUCUGUAAAGCGAGGAAGCGGCUGGUGCGGAGACAGUUCCCCCAGCAGGACGAAAGCGACCUCCCGUGGGAGGUGCAGGUCCCGGGGCUGUUCAGCCAGAUGGCCUGGCUCACCGCACACGUUAAACUACGGCCGGAGAUCGGAGGGAGCGUGGGGGACCCACAGGAGGCAACUGGAAGAGCAGACGACAUGGAAAAAGAGCAAGAGGAAGACAAGAAGAGGCUGCUUGAUCCGCUCCCAGUUGUCACCACCAGUUUUUCUCUUGCAGAGCCCGCUCCAAGCUGCCACCAGAUCAUCGAACCUUCUCCUAAACGCAGAAGACAAGCUCCCGCAGAAACUGGGCCAAGUUCUGCUGAUGCAUUCAGCAAUUUCAGGGAUGAAGACGAACUGUUUUUGCUCAGCCUGCUGCCCUCACUGAAGAGGCUCACCAUUAAAAAAAGGAUGGAGGUCCGCAUGAAGUUCCAGCAGGUGCUUUACGCUGCAGAGUUUGAGGACUAAAGUCUGGGUCUGGAUCACUACGCUAUCUAUGCACUGUCCCUCAGACAGUCGGCUUGUAAAUACAUGUUUAUAAGUUGUUAAUGAU